UCAUCAAUGGAGAUGGGCAUUCAUGGCUGCCUCGAGGGGCACAAGCAUAUAACGGUCAAACGGAAGGCUUAACUCGUUCUGUGAAAACCCCUUUCGAAGAGAUCCUUUGAUGGAAUGUGGUGAGAGCGUGUACCCAUAAAUGCAGAGAUUAUGCAAUAACUCCGAGCGACGGAUCUCGUGAAGGAUGCUGCUGGCCUGCUGCUGCUGCUGCUGCCGCCUUCUCUUCGCCUUCUUCCUCUCUCCCAAACUGAGUGCUUAUAUAAUUAAAGGAAAGGAAAAGAGAGAAGAACUGCGCUCCUCAUACGCCAAUCAAGAGAAGAAGCUCCCUCACUAACUGAUGCUCGUGAUAUCCAAGAGCUUCCAAUUCACGAGUUUCUCCUCUGCCUUGUAAAUUUUCCUGUUGUUGGUUUGGUUUCUUGCGUAGCCAACAUUCGAAUUCUCUCCCAAAUCCUCUCCUUCAAAUACCACCACUAAUCCCCAAAUGGAAGCCACCAUCUUCACUGCCGGUCGGGAACGAUGUUUCCUUCAAUGGGUACCCAAGCUUCAGUUCCCCAAUACCUGUUCAUCUUCUUCUUUUUGUUCCAAAUUGGUCAGACGGCCGCUUCCCCUGAUGCCAACUUCCAAACUUACAUUGUUCACCUUCACCCUUCUUCUAUGGAGGAUUCUGGGUUCCAGACCAAGUAUCAAUGGCACCAGUCCUAUCUGGAAUCGGCUACCUCCAGCAACGAUUCGAGCUCUCGCCUUCUUUAUUCUUACCAUACUGCCAUCGAUGGCUUCGCAGCACGGCUUACUGAGCAGGAAGCGUCAGUUCUCCGAACUGCUAAGGGUGUGAUCACCAUCCAUCCCGAUCGUUUCAUUGAGUUGCAGACAACUUAUUCGUAUAAAUUCCUGGGGCUGGACCAUCUUUCUGGUUCCGUUGGGGCUCAGCCGGAACUGAAGUUGGGCCAAGGAAGCAUAAUCGGUGUCCUAGACACUGGUGUUUGGCCGGAGAGCCCGAGCUUCGACGACAGGGGAAUGCCGCUUGUGCCUAAGAGGUGGAAGGGCGUGUGCCAAGCAGGAGAGAAGUUCGGACCGCAAAACUGCAACAGGAAGCUCAUCGGUGCCCGGUUUUACAGCCGCAGCCACCAUCUGUCGCCGUCGGAGGGAGUCUCCGUAGAUUCCGGCCAUGAAUAUAUCUCCGCAAGGGAUGCCCGUGGCCAUGGAACGCACACUGCCUCGACUGCGGCGGGGGCCGUAGUGGCUGGAGCGAAUGUGCUCGGCAAUGCGGCUGGUGAUGCUAGGGGAAUGGCACCAGGGGCGCAUGUAGCAAUAUAUAAGGUCUGCUGGUUCAGCGGCUGCUACAGCUCAGACAUCUUAGCCGGCAUUGAUGAUGCCAUUAGAGAUGGUGUCGACGUCCUGUCCAUGUCAUUGGGCGGUUAUCCGGUGCCGCUUUACGAUGACAGUAUUGCGAUCGGUGCAUUUCGGGCGAUUGAGAGAGGGAUCUUCGUCAGCUGUGCCGCCGGAAACAAUGGCCCGGCGCCAGCAAGCGUGGCCAACGAGGCGCCAUGGAUUAUGACGGUAGGUGCCAGCUCCACAGACCGGAGGUUCCCGGCCAUUCUGAGGUUGGGUAAUGGACAUUACUUGUAUGGUGAGUCUUUAUACCCUGGGAGGCAAUUCGACCGUUACAAUAACGGGAACUGGAAGCACAGAGGAACAUUUGGCGGGAGAGAAUUUGAAUUGGUGUACCAAGCUGGCGGGAAGGAAGGAUCGGAGAUGUGCUUCAAUACCACACUCGCUAGAGAACUAGUUGGUGGGAAGAUGGUAGUCUGCGACCGUGGGGUCACCGGGAGAGCCAUGAAAGGUGAGGUUGUAAGGGAGGCAGGCGGGGCCGGCAUGGUCCUUGCAAAUGCUGCAGUAAAUGGUGAAGAAGAUUCUGUCGACGUCCAUGUCUUGCCGGCGACUUUGAUUGGCUACAAGGAGUCCCUUGUGCUCAAGAGCUACAUCAAGUCAUCAAGGAGACCAACAGCAAGGAUCCUGUUUGGAGGAACCAAGUAUGGGAGCUCCAAUUCUCCUUCUGUUGCUACCUUCUCUUCAAGAGGGCCAAGCCUAACAAACCCAUCGGUCCUGAAACCGGACAUUCUCGCCCCAGGAGCAAACAUUGUGGCGGCCUGGCCGGAGAAUCUCGGCCCAAGCGGCCUGCCGGAGGACAACAGGAGAGUGAACUUCACGGUCUUGUCCGGGACAUCAAUGGCCUGCCCACACAUAAGUGGCAUUGCUGCGCUGAUAAAAUCCGUUCACCGCUCGUGGAGUCCUGCUGCAAUCAAGUCAGCAAUAAUGACCACAGCCAAUGUACUGAAUCAACACGGCAAGCCCAUUGCUGGAGGACUUUUUGCAACUGGUGCAGGGAACGUGAACCCACUGCGAGCAAUCGAUCCGGGGCUGGUUUAUGACAUGGAACCCAUCGAAUACAUUCCCCACUUGUGCAGCCUGGGUUAUGAAAGGACGGAAAUUUACACCAUUACUCAUAGAAAUGUAAGCUGCAGAGAAGUGCUUAAGGCCAACCGGGGUAGGGGCCUCAAUUACCCCUCCAUGUCUGUGAUGUUCAAGAAUUCAAGGGUGGUGGUCUUGUAUAGAAGGCUGAGGAAUGUAGGUCUCCCAAACUCUACGUACAGUGUAGAGGUGACUGCACCACAAGGAGUGGAGAUUACAGUGAGGCCGCAGACUCUCACUUUUGGGUAUUUAGAUCAAAGCUUGAGUUAUAAGGUGCUGUUGGUUUCAAGACCAAAGAAGCUUCGCAAGGGAGAGAAGUUCCACGAAGAGGGUUCCUUGACUUGGGUACAUCAUCGCCGUGGUUCUUAUAAGGUCAGAAGCCCUAUUUCUGUAACUUGGGUGGGAUAGGGACUUGCAGCUACUCACCUCCUAUAUUACUUUCAUAAGGAUAGUUAGAUUUCAACAUCUUCAGCUUCUGCAGCACUUUAAUUUAUGUCUUACUUGGUGGGGAAGUGUAACAAGGGAAUAUAUGAUUUGGGUGUUAAGAGUGAAAGCUUUUUUUAGCUGUUUAUGGUGGCUUUUCAUCUGACUGUGACAUGAGAAAUGAAACGUCUAUUACAAUGUAACUUCUUUUGCUGAAGAAGAAUGGACUUAAAUGAGAUAGCGCUCAACGAACUUUUCGAGAUUUUCCAGUA